GUUUAAUUCCGCCAUUUUGGAGGCAACACGAGAAAGUAAGAAAAUAUUAUUCACAAGUGGACAAAAUAUUAGAAUAAUAUAUCAUGAGUUCUAUCGGUACUGGGUAUGAUCUUUCAGCCUCUCAAUUUUCUCCUGAUGGCAGGGUAUUUCAAGUAGAAUAUGCAAUCAAAGCUGUUGAAAAUAGUGGAACUGCUAUUGCUAUACGUGGUAAAGAUGGGAUAGUUUUUGGUGUUGAAAAACUUGUCUUAUCCAAAUUAUAUGAAGUCGGGGCAAAUAAAAGAAUAUUUCAUGUUGAUAAGCAUGUGGGCAUGGCAGUUGCUGGUCUCCUUGCAGAUGCACGGCAGAUUGUAGAAACUGCCAGAGAUGAAGCAGCAAAUUACAGAUCAACCUAUGGAUCACCCAUUCCACUUAAGUAUCUCACAGACAGAGUAGCUAUGUAUAUUCAUGCAUACACACUUUACAGUUCAGUACGACCAUUUGGAUGUGGAGUUAUAUUAGGGUCUUAUGAAAAUGAUGGUCCACAGUUGUAUUCAAUAGAUCCAUCAGGUGUCUCAUGGGGCUAUCAUGGAUGCUCGACAGGUAAAGCCAAACAGGCAGCCAAGACUGAAAUAGAAAAACUGAAAAUGCAGGAUAUGACCAUGAAAGAGUUAGUCAAAGAAGUAGCAAAAAUAAUUUAUAUAGUACAUGAUGAAGUAAAAGAUAAAGCUUUUGAAUUAGAAUUGAGUUGGGUUGGUGACAUAACAAAUGGUAAACAUCAGCUAGUACCAAAAGACAUUGCAGAAGAAGCUGAAAAAUAUGCCAAGGAAUCAAUGGAAGAAGAAAGUGACUCUGAUGAUGAAGACCUUUAAACUAUCAGUGAAAGGCAUCAGUCUUUCAUAAAGAAUUUCACUAUUGGCCAUCUGCCCUCUUCAAAUAUGUACAUAACGACAGUCCCCCUCAUCACAUAUACAUGGAAGUAUUUCAAUUGCACAAGAUACACCAAGUGUAUUCCUUUCUGAUCUCUCAUUACGCAAUUAGGAAGAACAAACAUUUUUUGUGAUGCCAUAUCACAUCAUCAGCCUUGGGAUUUUCUGUAAUGUUAUUGUUUUGUACUUUAGAAGUGUCACUUUUAUUACACACAAAAAUUCAGUUUAUUUGAAAUGAAAUAAUAAAAAAAAAAUGUGUAUUU